GUGUCUUUGCCUGCGUCAACCACGCGGAGAUAGUGUGAUAAAUCUUUCAGGCAGUCACGACCGAGGAAAAACACGUGAAGAUACGUGACGAACAAACCAGGCAUCGCGCGCCAGCCCCUUGCGUUCGCCCCAUACAAGGAGGAGAAAGCCCUGAGCGAGGCAGCCGCUGCCCUCCGCAGCGCCGCAACUUCGCGCCAGCAAAAGAGCAGCUCGACUCAUUAUGUCUGAAUCUGGAGGCUCGGAUGCUGGUGUCGACACUUCUUCCGUUUCAGAUUCCCUAUACAGCCGCACAGGCCCGGCAGACAUCCACAUCAGUUCACACGACGAGGGUGAGCAGGACGAGACGGUGAUUGAGGCCUCAGAAGAAGAGGACGAAGACGAGGACGAGGACGAAGAGGAAUCAUCGGAAUCGGGCAGCAAUCAGGACGGCAGGGCCAGCGGAUCAGAAGCCGGGUACACGGACCUGGACGACGACCUCUUCAACGAGGUCGACUUUGACACCGGCUUCGAAGACCCAGACGACUUUGGCCCUUUCUACGACUCCGACUUUGACGCCGAGGCGUGGCGUUUUAUUACCAGGUGGCCUCGGCAUCAUAUCCCAGCAAUGACAUUUUAUCUUCUCCAGCGUAUGUAUGCAUGAUCAUUUGAGCUUUUGCCCGCAGGAACAGAAGACCUCGCGCCGAUAC